AUGCAAUUCUCUCUUACUUUCCUUACUGGUUUAAUGGCCUCUGCCGUCUUGGCCGUUCCUGCUCCAAGACAAGGUGUUCACCAUUACCACAAGCGUGAAGCUGCCCCAGCCGUUGCAACCGUUUAUGUCACCGAUACCACCCUUAUCUACAUCACCGCUGGUAAGGAAACUACUUCCACUGUGGCUCCAACUCUCACUGCUGUUGAAGACAAAGCUGUUGAGGCCGCCAGUGUUGUCGCUUCCUCUUCCAGCUCUGCUGUCACUAGUUCUGUUGUAACUAGUUCUGCUGUCACUAGCUCUGCCGUUGCGUCUAGUUCUGCAUCUUCAAGUGCCGCUGCAUCUAGCUCCGCAUCCAGCUCUGCUACUAGCUCUUCUUCCUCUUCCUCUUCCUCUUCCUCUUCUUCUUCUGGUAUUGACGGUGAUUUGUCUUCCUUCUCUAACCCAACUGGUAAAUUUGAAGAUGGUGUCCUUGACUGUUCUGCUGGUGUCCCAACUGGUAACGGUGUGGUCUCCCUUGACUGGGUCGGAAUUAGUGGUUGGGCCUCCGUCAUGAACGAAGGUGGUUACACCAAAACUUCUUGUGAAGAAGGUUACUACUGUUCUUAUGCUUGUCAAGCCGGUAUGUCCAAGACUCAAUGGCCAUCUACUCAACCAAGUGAUGGUCAAUCCCGUGGUGGUUUGAUUUGUAAGAACGGCAAGUUGUACAGAACCAACACCAACACUGACUACUUGUGUGAAUGGGGUGAACAAACCGCUAACGCUGUUUCUAAAAUUGAUAAGGUUGUUUCUUUGUGUAGAACCGAUUACCCAGGUUCUGAAAACAUGGUUGUCCCAACUAGAUUGACCGCCGGCUCCACCAAGCCAAUGUCUGUUGUUAACUCUGGUACUUACUUCAAAUGGGAAGGUAAAGGUACCUCUUCCCAAUACUAUAUCAAUGACGCCGGUGUUGACGUUGAAGAAGGGUGUGUCUGGGGUACCGAUGGUAGCGGUAUUGGUAACUGGUCUCCAGUUGUUGCUGGUGCUGGUAUGACUGAUGGUAUCACUUACUUGAGUAUUAUUCCAAAUCCUAACAACAAAACCCCACCAUCUUACUCUUUGAAGAUUGAAGGUGCUGAUGGCGCUACUGUUAUUGGUGAUUGUGUUUACGCCAAUGGUGUUUACAAUGGUGAUGGUACUGAUGGUUGUACUGUUAGUGUCACCAGUGGUACUGCCAACUUUGUUUUCUACUAA